AUGAACCUGUUCGCCUUCUUUGAUUCCAGGCCGCUUGGAGCAGGACUUGAGCACGACGGGCAGGGUGUAGCAGUUGGGGUUCACAUUUUCCCGCAUCAUGUCAGCAAACAGGAGUAUGACGUCAUGGUGCGAGUUGUUGUAGAGGUAUCCUUUGGAGAGCACAUUCCACAGGGAGGUGUGGUGCCGGUCGGACAAUUGGUCGAACACCUGACGGGCGUGGGUUGUCAGGCCCAGGCGAGAGCAGGCGGAGAGGAAAUGGGAGGUGAGGAGGUGGGUGCGGCGGCCGGCGGCGGUGGUGAUUAUGUGGGAGUGGAUCUGGAGGAGGUUUUCCCGGUUUUCCCACUUCUAUUCUCCAUACACUCUCUCGCCGAUGUUUUUGCUUGGCUCACUGGCCUCGGGUCGACCGACUGCUGCGGCUCGGGCGCACACGCUGGCUGCGCCUUAGCCGGCUACUGGGCGUAUCUGGCGCCCUAUUGGCAUGGCUGGACUCUGGCGCAGGCGCUGGCAGAUAGCGAGGCACGGGCUCGGCGCAAGCAGACGACAGGGGUGGUUGUGGACGCUGACAGAGUAUGCAGACAUUGGCAGACUAGUGAUGCACGAGCGUGGUGUCUCAGGGCGCACGGGCGCUUCUGUGCUUCAAGCGCUCGGGCGCUAAGGUGA